AUGACAAGUUCUGAAGAUAUACGUGUAGAGGAAUUAGAGAAAAGAUUAUUGAAUGGAUUUGUAAACAGUGAGGAGGAGGCUUAUAAAUUAUAUUGUGAUUAUGCCCAUGCAAUGGGAUUUAGUGUUCGAAAAGCAAAACAAUAUUAUUUCACAGGUUCUAGAAAAAUUAGAUCGAAAAAGUAUGUUUGUUGGAAGGAAGGAGUUAAGGAUGAAAAAGAGAGCAACCAUGGUAAUGCUUCACAUGAGAGGUUGAACAGUAGAACUGAUUGCAGUGCAAUGGUUUGGUUUACUAUUGAUAAAGAUGGUGUAUAUAGAGUGACAAAAUUUGUAAAGGAUCAUAAUCAUGAAAUGGCCAAACAUGAUGAAAGGCAUUUGCUUAGGUCUGCACGAUCUGUAUCUAAGGCUAGUGGAGGUGUUUUAGAGUCAAUGAUAAAUGCUAGAAUUCCACUCGUUAAUGCAUUUGAAUAUAUGGUUGAUGAAAGCGGCGGCAGAGAAAAUAUUGGCUUUAUUAAAAAGGAUGCUUAUAAUUAUGUCCAUGAGUUACGAGCAUCCAAAAUUGAAGCCGGUGACUGUCAAAGUUUACUUACUUAUUUUAAGAAUAAGACUAAUGAGGAUGGAUUUUUUUAUUGGGACUCUCAACUUGAUAAUGAAGGUCGAAUGGCAAAUUUUUUUUGGAGGGACAGUCGGUCGAAAAUAGAUUUCGAUUACUUUGGAGAUGUUGUUUCUUUUGAUACAACUUAUCGAACAAACAAGUAUAAUCUGAUAUGUGCUCCAUUCGUUGGUGUAAAUCAUCACUGGCAAACAAUAAUGUUCGGAUGCGCAUUCUUAUCCGGGGAGACAGAGAUAACGUUUGAGUGGUUAUUCAAGACCUUUUUAGAAUCAAUGGGAAAUAAACAACCAAAAACGAUAUUCACUAAUCAAGAUCAAGCAAUGUCUAAUGCAAUUAAGAAUGCCUUUCCUGAAUCACGUCAUCGCUUGUGUCAAUGGCAUAUAGCAAAGAAAACUCCUACAUAUUUGGGUGCUCUUAACUCAAGCCGCACUUUUCAAAAUUCUUUUCAUAGAUGUAUGUCAGAGUGUGAAACUGAAGAAGAGUUUGAAGUAACUUGGUGGAAGAUGAUAAAUGAACAUGAUGCACAAGAGCAUAGCUGGUUAAAAGAUUAUGUGUAG